CCUAAAUAUUACAACAGCCAACCGACGAAGAAGACGCAUCAAAACAACAACACUGCUAGCACCCUUAGCUCAGAAGGAAAGCGACUGUUACUGUUUUUCUUCUGAUUUUGGACCCUUAAACAGGUACGCUGGAAUUUUCUGAUACCCACUCGGACAUGUCCUAUGUCUUCAUUAACGACUCAUCGCAGACCAACGUGCCUCUGCUGCAGGCCUGCAUAGAUGGAGACCUGCCGUUUGCCAAGAGGCUCCUGGAGACCGGAUGUGACCCCAACAUACGGGACAACAGGGGCCGCACUGGUCUGCAUCUAGCCGCUGCUAGAGGGAAUGUGGAUAUAUGUCGCCUGUUGCACAAGUUCGGGGCCGAUCUGCUAGCGACGGAUUAUCAAGGAAACACGGCGCUGCAUCUGUGUGGUCAUGUGGAUACUAUACAGUUCCUGGUGUCCAAUGGACUCAAGAUUGAUAUCUGUAACCACAAUGGAUCGACCCCGCUGGUACUGGCAAAGAGACGCGGCGUCAACAAGGACGCCAUUCGUCUGCUGGAAGGACUGGAGGAGCAGGAAGUGAAAGGCUUCAACAGAGGAGCGCACUCCAAGCUGGAGACCAUGCAGAUGGCCGACAGUGAGAGUGCGAUGGAGAGCCACUCCUUACUCAACCCAAACCUCCAGAGCAGCGAGGGCGUCCUGUCCAGCUUCAGGACCACCUGGCAGGAGUUCGUGGAGGACCUUGGCUUCUGGAGGGUCCUUCUCCUGUUGGUGGUCAUCGCCCUGCUGUCUCUGGGCAUCGCGUACUACGUCAGCGGGGUCCUGCCUUUCUCCACCAGCCAGCUGGAGCUCGUGCACUGAGGGAGAGUGGCGAGGAUAAAGCAAGCAUUAACAAGUGAACUUCUGCUUUCAGCUGUUCAUACAGACAUCAACAUUUUUGCCCAGUUCUUGUUCUUUUCUUUGUCAUCCAGACAGGAAAAUGUGUCGUUGGUGAAAAUGUAAAAGGAGAACAAAAGUCAGUUUCUAAAUUAGAUAAAACAUUUUAAAAGGCAUUAAUCUUCUGUAACAUAUCCCAUUAAGAAUGAUAAACACAUAAAGCUGCUCUAAUGUCAGUGGGAGAAUAUAACGCUAAUGUUUUGUUAAAUGCCUCCUUUAUUUUCUGUUACAUGCUGUGUAUUGCCAAUGUUUUGUAUCUUUAAAUUUCUUUUAAGUCUUGUUAUUUAUCAGACAUGUUCUGUAUUAAUUUUCCUGCGUAUUGUUAUAUUAUGUUGAACAAAAAUCUGCUUUUCUUGUGUAAUGAAUCUCUUAUUCCGACUGGAAACAGAGUUGUCAUGUUGGCUGAAAGUUGGCUCUCACUUUGUAUCGUCUGUUUGGAAAAGCACCUCGACUGUGUGCCUUUUUUAGAGAGAAACACACAGCAGCUCAUCAAGACAUUCCCGCCAGAAGCAUGAAGCUUUACUGCGUAGAAAUCUACCCUGUAGUUGUAAGCAUCGCAUACUGUCGGCACAGUGAACUGUAGGAUUACGGCGGCAGAUUAUAACUCUUUUUGUUGUUUAUUUUAUCUUUAUGUCCUUGUAAACCAUUAAGUUUGUAUUUGUUGUAGGUUUUCCACUGUUGAUUUUCUCUGUACAUUAACACAUUUGAAGUAAAUCUUAAUUUAAUGUGGAAAAUGAAUAAAAUUGUGUGUAUCUAUGAGUCAGAUUAA